UGCAGCAUCGAGUUCAGUCGUACAUGUCUUAUUUCAUAAAUGCAGCUGCACGCUAGGGCAACCCGGGCAAUGGUUUACUUAUCCUGGGAGCAAGUGGCUUGGAGGCUGGAGCCGAGACUCUAGAAUCAGCGGAUCAAAGUUAUCACGCUCCUCUCUGUUAUCUCGGGUUUAAAUCCGUCUACAAAGAGCUCGCGAAGACAUGACGACAGAGGCCGUUCAGUUCAUCAACAACUUGUCGUCCGGUGCAGGGAACCAGACCCCGCACUCGCACUCGCACAACGACGGUCCUCCGCACUCUCACGAGCAUGGAGAGCACGGGCAUACCCAUGAGCAUCUGGAUAACGCAGGCAAGUACUCUGAGCGCGACAUGCCGGACUACAGCUCGCGCAACUUUGAAGAGAGAGGGUUCACAGUCGGCAUUGGCGGACCCGUAGGCUCAGGCAAGACAGCGCUUACGCUCACACUGUGCCAGAGGCUGCGCAAGGAAUAUAAUAUAGCAACGGUGACGAACGACAUAUUCACGCGUGAGGAUCAAGAGUUCUUGAUCCGGAACAAGGCGCUGCCAGCAUCGCGCAUCCUCGCCAUCGAGACCGGCGGGUGCCCGCACGCCGCCAUCCGCGAGGAUAUCAGCGCGAACAUGGGCGCGCUCGAGACGCUCCAGGCGCGGUACAGCUGCCAGCUGCUCUUCGUCGAGAGCGGUGGCGACAACCUCGCGGCAAACUACUCGCGCGAGCUCGCGGACUAUAUCAUCUACGUCAUUGACGUCUCAGGAGGAGACAAGAUCCCGCGGAAGGGAGGCCCAGGCAUCUCGCAGUCGGACCUGCUGGUCAUCAACAAGAUCGACCUGGCUCCUUACGUCGGUGCCUCUUUGGAGGUCAUGGCGCGCGACUCGAAACUCAUGCGUGGCGACGGCCCGACAAUCUUCACUAGUGUCAAGCAAGGACAGGGUGUGGACGACGUCGUGGACCUCAUUAUGGCGGCAUGGCGGACAGCCGGCAGCCCAGGCAAGCCAGGCGCGGUCGGAGACUUCUGAAAAUAAGCACCAUCGAAAUGAAUCGCAGGGACUCUGAGUGGAAAUCUCGUUUGUUCAAUAUGCAUUUCGCACUCCAGUGUAAACCAAUAGUGAUAACGCAGUCUGAAUUA